CAGCCGCGGCGCCUCAGUGUCCCCCGCACCCCGCCCCGCGCAGGUCGCACCACGCCGCCGGUCACUCUCUCAGCUGUGUCGCGGGUCAGGUCGCUUCACUCGCCCGAAUUAGAAGUUAAUUGUUGUGGUUUGGAGUGAAGAUGGCGACCAGUCGGGAAGAGGAGCGAGGCUCGGAAAAGGAGUGCACGCAAUCGGGUUUGUUGACGCCGCCACCCACGCCCACCAGUCCUUCAGGGUUCCAGUUUCCAGGCCUGGGCGUCGGGCUGGACCGAGGAUCAGCCUUCACGCCCUGGGUGCCGCGAGGACCCUCCCUGCUGCCCCUGCUGCCUCCCUUCCCUAUCUUCCCCGCCCUGGCGUCUGUCGCCGCCGCCCAGAGUAAACAGGGGUGUCCCGUAGAUCCCCGGGUGGCAGGGCUGCUGCAGGGCUGCAACCCCUUGGGCCAGCUUCCGUGGGCGGCGCUGGGCGCGGGCGAACUGGCCCUCAACCGGCUGCUGCUGACACCCGGGGGCCGCCUCAGCAGACCCAAGAAGCGGUACAUCUGCAAGUACUGUCAGCGGGAGUUCACCAAGAGCUACAACCUGCUGAUCCACGAGCGGACCCACACGGACGAGCGGCCCUUCCCCUGCGACAUCUGCGGCAAGGCCUUCAGGAGGCAGGACCACCUCCGCGACCACAAGUACAUCCACAGCAAGGAGAAGCCCUUCAAGUGCGAGGCGUGCGGCAAGGGCUUCUGCCAGGCGCGCACGCUCGCCGUGCACAAGGCGCAGCACGCCCACGACACAGUACCUGCCGCCUCACGGGCGCCCGCCUCACCCCCGCGGAUCUCUCCUCCCCUCGUGUCAUCGCCAAGAAUCUCACCGGCUGGCGGCGUCACCGCCUCACCACUGUUCAGGUCGUCCUCCGAGUCUUGCCUCACCGCACACACGCCCUCGCUGCCGCGUGACGUGACGCUCAUCCCGCUGUACUCGCCGCCGCUCAAAACGGAGGCGGCGGACCCUGAGCCACGGCGGCGCGUGCUGGAGGCCCUGGCAGCGCCCGCGACCAAGAAACCCCUGCUGCUGACGGCCGCGGCGGCGGCGGUGGCGGCGGCAGCGACGGAGCAGGACAGCGGCAGGAAGCGGAGGGGCUUCUCCAUCGACGACAUCAUGAAGUAACCUUCCCACCUUGCCUUCCCCGUCCCGCCCCGCCCCGCCUCCAGGUUACCACCCACACUCAAGGCGCCUCAUGUACAAACGUGUAAUUAUUGAUGUAUAUGGUCGUGUAUAGCAAAGAAUAAAUUAUUUUCUUAACAA